GUGAUCGUGUCUCGCUCACCGGUGACUGGCCGUUGCCGUGCUGUCCAUCCAAAUCACUGUGUGGAGUCGUCUUCACCUCUCCUUCCACUUCAACCGCCGCCGCAACCUUUUAACCCGCCGCCUCCCCGCUCGCGGUGAUGCCUCCACAUGUGCUGCCCGCGUCGUCCUCUGCCUCCCCCUCCUCCUCAUCUACCGCAUCGUCCACUCCCACCGCCGUCCGCAGAUGCCGCCCAAGGUGGUCGCCAUCGCCGCGGGCGAGGUCCACACGCUCGCCCUCACGGGUGACGGGGAGGUGUACUCGUGGGGCAGGGGCCCGUUCGGCCGCCUCGGGACCGGCCGCGAGGACGACGAGCUCGUCCCCACCGCCGUGGCGCCGGCGGUCUGCGUCAGCGGUGGGAGGCCGAGGCCCAGGUUCGUGGCCGUCGCCGCCGGGGCCUACCACAGCCUCGCGCUGGACGACGAAGGUUCACUCUGGUCAUGGGGCUACAAUCUCUAUGGUCAGCUUGGCUACGGGGAUCAGAAUUCCCUUUUUCCAUGUUUGGUUGAGCAAUUUCAGGAUCUGGAUCCUCCUGAAACACUGGAUGAUGAAGCCCAGAGCACACAUGAUCUGACUUCUUUGAAGCUGUCUUCUGUCAAAGCUGGUGGCAUGAUGUCUUUUGCCAUAGACAGUUUGGGGGGCCUUUGGAUGUGGGGAAAUUGCCCACAGCAGACUGAUGCUGGAGAGUUUUGUAUCGCAAGUAGCUCUAUUCCACUACCUGUGUGGGAUUUCCAUGGACACACCGUUGUUAAGGUUGCCUGUGGUAAUGAGCAUGUAGUAGCUGCAGUUAGUGCUGGGGAGACCUAUACAGGAGGUGACCUUGUUUGUUAUGCUUGGGGAAAUAACAACCAUGGUCAGUUGGGUCUAGGUGACAAGGAAAGUAGAUCUCGUCCUGUGCUUAUCUCAGCAUUUAGUGAAGAAUCUUCUUGGGAGGUGUAUGAAAUUGCAUGUGGAGCUUCCCACACUGCCGUCCUCACCAAUAAGAAGUCGUUUGACCAGAUAGAAUCUCGGUGCUGGACGUUUGGCCUUGGUGACAAGGGGCAGCUUGGCCAUGGAACCACAGCCACCAUUUGCUCGCCACAACCUGUUGAUGGCUUACCAACCGGAUCCUUCCUUAUAUCUCUUGAUUGUGGAUUGUUCCACACAACUGUAGUCUCCUCUGAUGGAGAGGUAUGGUGCUGGGGAAUGGAGAGAGGUCUUGGGCUGUGCCCAGAUGCUAGCUACUCAGGGGUUGAUGCAGGGGAUGCUCUAUCUCCGAUAAGAGUUCAGUCUCCUGAAACAAAUGGGUUUAAUUUUCUUGGUCCAGUGCAGAUCGCCUGUGGAGCUGCCCACACUGUUCUUGUUGCUGGUGAUGGGUAUAGGAUGUGGGCAUGGGGCAGAGGCCGCAGUGGUGUGCUUGGGAGAGGCCAGACUGCUGACAGCUACAUACCAUGUGUUGUGAUGUGGCCUCCUCUUGGCGAGAACUUCCAGGAGAUUCAUGAGGACCGAACAGAGGCAUCAACGUCAAGAGUGACUGAUCGCACUAGCACUGAGUUGGAGCAGAAGCUAUCUGCUGCCACAGAGGAGUUACAGUUCCUAAGGUCAAAACUGACACUCAUGGAGAGAUAUGCCAACAUACUCCACAUCUCAAUCUUCCGUAAGCCGCUUGAUGAACGUACGCUACCGCGUUCACUUCAGGAAUCUCCCGUCUUUGAUAUCAGAAAGGAAUUUGAGAAUAUAUUGGAUGCAGCAGACACUGAUGAACUCAAUCGUUUGGAGAUCUUCUACCGCAGCAUGCUUUCUGGCGUGAAAGACAAGCUUCUGAAGCGAAGAGUCCAAGAGAUGGUCCAACAAUGCAUUAUCUCACUCUCAGCAGGGAGGCAAACCCCUCAAGAUCAGUGAAUUGUAUGGCUAUACUUACAAAACUGCAAGUUACUACAGUAUCACCACAUUUGGUGUCAUCAGAAUUGCAAUAAGCCCUGUUUAUACUAACCCACUGUUUCGUCUGUUUCUUCGUGUAUAUAUAGCGAGGCACUAAAUCUAUCCUGGCAUCAAGAUCAUCACCUGGUCGACCAUUAGACUAAAAUAGCUGACUGACAUGUAAACGCGUUACACAUAUGUUGUUUAUGAUGUCCUUUAUAUUAUAAAUGCAUCCUGCAUAAAUUGAAUCAUUUGUAAAGGGUCUCGCUAUGGAUUGAUGUAGACGAGCAGGAUCAUAUGGUUAAAGUGUUGAGAUUUGCAAUUGUGGAUCUGCAAUUUUUAUGUUC